AUCUUGUUGAAGAUACGGUAAUAUCAGGCUUUGAAGUAAUGUGUUUCAAUGUAACGAUAUUCAUGAAAAUUGUUAACUACUGUGAGAAGGCCAUUGAAUUUUUACAUUCUCGGUUAUAUCGUUGAUAUAUCAAUUUAUUAUUCACCUCAAGUAUACGUACUCAGUGUCAUAAGUGGAACAAAUUCAUAUAGAAUAUAGUUCGUGUCAGUAUUUCUCAAACCGUCUGCUUGUAAUGCUAAAGACAGUCCAUCCUAUUUCAAUGCCUAUUUGAUCCGCAAAAAUUUACCUUUUAAAAAUAUUGUGAUAGUGAUAGUGAAUGUUUUACUAAAACUUUGGAAAUACAUAGUACUUUUACGAAUGACCAGGAUGAUAGAUUUCAUCUGUAACUCGAAAUGAACGGCUCAACGGAAACCAUCCUCAGUAAACAGGAGGAGGUUGACAGUAUUGACAACAGAGUUCCUGUUAAUGGCGAAAAAGUGAUCGAUGUUGAGAAAGCCGAAGAAAAGAGAGAGCUCAAAAUCUGGAUCGACAAAUAUGGAAGCAAGCUGAUAAGCUAUUUAGUAUUUGUAGUUAUUACUGCCUAUUUCAUAUGGUCUACGUGCUACUAUUUGAAUACUGAGGAUACAAAUAUAGAUGUGUUCAACUCAACUACUUGCAAUGGGUAUGGCUUCCUGGUCAUUCUCUACAGUUUAUACCUCUACGGAUUCUUGUAUAACCAGCUGUUGAAACCUUACGUCUUGCCGUCACUGAAGACGGCCGUGUGGCAGCCGUCCGUAUCAUUUCUGAAUAGUAUCAAGUAUGGAACAAUAAUUUUUUAUAUAUCGCUGCUGAUAGCUACAAUAGCAUAUCUGGCAUUUGACACAAACGAUAAUAGAAGUAGACUAAUACCAAUAUCAGGAUUAUGUGCAUUCCUAGGACUGGGAUACAUAUUCUCGUCUAACAGAUCUAUGAUUCCAUGGAAAACGAUUCUUUGGGGACUCAUACUACAAUUUUUCUUUGGUCUUCUCACAAUAAGGUGGGAAGUUGGAAGGAAUAUCCUAGAAUGCAUAGGAGCUAAAGUUAAUAUUUUGCUUGACUACGCAUUUGAAGGCGCUGCAUUUACCUAUGGAGACUUUUUGGUUCACGAGCAGGCAGUAUUCGCAUUUAAGGCACUCUCUACAAUUUAUUUCAUAAGCUUUCUUGUAAAUAUCCUCUAUUACUACGGCAUCAUGCAAAAGGUCAUCGGAUUUCUUGGCGAAGUUUUGCAAUGGAUAAUGGGUACUACUAUCUGCGAAAGUGUCAACAGUGCUGCCAACAUCUUUCUAGGACAGUCUGAAGCGCCGCUUCUGCUUUCCCCUUAUCUGAAGGACCUUACCGAUUCAGAAAUACAUUCAGUGAUGACUUCUGGGUUUGCUACUGUAGCAGGUUCUGUUAUGGCUGCAUACAUAAACUAUGGAGCAAGACCUCAGGAUCUAAUCACAUCCAGUAUAAUGUCGGCACCAGCAGCUUUAUGUUUUAGCAAGUUGAUGUAUCCAGAAACAGAAGAAGUGAAAGUGAAGAAGGAAAAUAUACAAACAGUGGAAAGGCAUUACGAAUCAGUAUUGGAUGCAGCCAGCAAAGGUGUUUCAGAUGCCAUUGCAAUGGUGCAAGGUAUUAUUGCUAGUGUUUUGUCCUUCUUAGCCUUUGUGUAUCUCAUUAAUGGGAUCCUUGGAUGGCUUGGAGAACUUGUAGGUUUCCUGGAUACAAGAUGGUCUUUGGAAUUGAUGGCUGGUAAAAUAUUCGUUCCGAUCAGUUUCCUGAUGGGAGUCCCAUGGGACGAAUGCGAAAGUGUCGGGACUCUGAUUGGAAUCAAAACUAUGGUGAACGAGUUCGUGGCAUUUGCCAAAAUGAAAGAGAUGCUCGAACAAGGAUUACUCUCGAAAAGAACAAAAGUAAUAGCAACGUACGCCAUCUGCGGCUUCUCAAACCCUGGCUCAAUAGGCAUCAUGAUCUCGGCGCUGAGCACCUUGAUCCCCCAUAAAAGAGAAGCAGUCACGCGAUUGGUCUUCCGGGCCUUCUUCGGAGGAGCGCUAGUCUGUUUCAUGACUGCUUGCAUCGCAUGCGCACUCAUGCCUGAAGAUGCCGUUUGAAGAAGAAUCGAAAUAAAUUUGGGAGUUUCAAGACUGGCAAUAUAAUAUGCUAUCCGUUUCAAGUUUGGCAGAUUAAGAGGGGCGUUUAGAUAUACAUUGAAUGCGGCAAGAGACAAGCAUCAUACUGAACCAAGCAUGUCGGGAAAACACGAUAAUAUAUUUUUUUCUGUGAUGGGAAAAAAGUUCGACAUUUUAUCUCAGUUGACAGGUAACAAAAUGACACUUUUUAUGGUAUUACUUUUUUUCCCGGGAAAAAAAAUUUGUUUGUUUCAACUUUAUUUAGCAUUAAUGCUACAAUGUCCAUAAUAUCUAUAUCACAAAAUAUAUUAUGUCUUCAAGACUAAAUAUUUUUAUACAAAAUUUCACUACUAUGAAUUCUGGUCUUCCAUGAGAUAUUUUUUCAAUUUCCCUUUGAACAUUUUCGAACUAACACACAUCUUAAAUCUUGAAUACUGACUUGCUCGUUAUAUUGCUACUGCAGUUUUGUAAAUAAAAGUCUAUACUUCCUCUAGUAGAAUAAUUGUGGCACUCAUCGUUCAAUACAAUAAAAUUUUCUGAGUGAUUUGAUAGAAGAUGAUUUUUCAACUUACAAUAUGAGAAUGAAUACCAAGUAGGCUAUGAAAUUUUUGAUAUUUAACCAUUGUAGUUCUUUCAGCAUAAAAUUUAUUCUAGUAUAUUCAUUUUUAUUUAAGAUGAUUCUCAUUUUGUAAUAUUUGUAAUUUUGAAAAUACAGUUUCAUUUGCAGCGAACAAAAUAGUCGAACAAUAUAACAAAUGAGGAAGAAUGAUAGUGUUCUACACAAUUUUUUUAGAAUAAACGCUUAGGCUAUGCGAAAUUCUAUAAAAGUAAUUUAUUUUCUUGGAUAUUUUUGAAAUAUAAAAAAAAUUAAUUUAAUGUUACUGUUUAUUUUUUCAUGAUUAAUUGUAAGAUUUAUCGUAUUUUGAUCUAAAGAUUUUUCUAUUAGCAUAUAUUUUGUUUUGUUUGUGUUAAGUUUAAGUUUAUUUACAUUUAACCAAUUUAUUACGUUUUUCAUAUCAUUAUUUUCAAUGUCUUUAUUUGAUAUAUAUAUAUAUAUAUAUAUAUAUAUAUAUAUAUAUAUAUAUAUAUAUAUAUAUAUAUAUAUAAAUGUAUCAUCAGCAAAUAGUUGAAUUAUGCAGUGUUGUAAACUAUCAGGAAUAUCGUUAAUAUAUAAAAUAAAUAGUAAUGGACCUAAUUUGCUACCCUGUGGCACAUCUACCGAAAUGUUUUUAAUGUUUGAUAAUGUACUCGUAUUGCCAAUUUUAGUUCUUUGACUUCUACUGAUUAAAUAAUUUUGUAAUAAAUUGAACCUUGAAAUCCAUAGCAAUGCAAUUUCGUUAACAAUUUCUCCUUGUCAAUAGUCUCAAAUGCUCUCUUGAAAUCUAAGAAAAUGUUAAUGUAAACUUUUUUUCAUCCAUAUUUCGCCUCCAUUCUUCUACUACCAUUUGAAUUGCCGUUUCAGUAGAAAACUUUUUUCUGAAUCCUUCUUGGAAUUUUGUCAAUAUCUUAUUUUCUUCAAUAUAUUCAAUGACUUGUUCAUAUAUGAUUCCUUCUAAGAGCUUUUUUUUACUUUUUUCCUGGAUAUUGUAUAAACACAUAUUUAAGUGGAAAACAUUUUUGUGACGCUCCUUUGGCUACUUCUACUAAUUCCGGUGGAGUCAAAGAAAACUCGGAAUCAAACAUUUUUUAUUUUAUAGUAUUAAAAAUAGCUUCUAAACAACCACUAAGUUCUCAAUUUUUAAAUCAAAUCACAAAAUUAAAUUGACAGCUAUUUGAUUACUUCAAAAGCUUCCUCAGCAUCGCAGGUCUAAUUGUCGCGAUAAUUUUCUGACUGAAAUAUUGUAAUAAUACAAUUUUUCAAUAUUAAAUCGACGUAUUUUCACAGAAAAAAAAUUGUGUAUUAUAUACGGGAAAAAUACUAGGUUUUAGCGAAAUCUAGUAAUUUUUUCCUUGUAUAAUAAAUAACUAUUUUAACAUAUGAGGUCUGUAAAUUAAGUGAUGAGGCUGAUUUUUUUUAUUAAAACAAUUUUUUAUUGUCACCCGAUCAUUCUGCCUGUCAUCCGAUGAUCUGAAUGCGCAAGAUCCCAGAUUCUGUCGAUAUUUUCAUCGGUUCUUGAAGAUGAAGACCCUCCGCUUCGUGAUUCAUUUUUAAUCCACUCUCUUCCUUCUGAAAGUGCCUUUCUAGAACACAAAAAAAUCGCUACGGACUAUCAAAUGACUCGAUCGAGUUCAAGCUUGUACCGAAGACGGAUCACAUGUUUUCCCGUCUCUCCUCCAGAGCCGGCGACUCCAGUGUUGUCAGAUCGAAAGCUACGUUGCCAGACUCAUCACUUAAUUUACAGACCUCAUAGUCUGUAGAGGGCACAUUGUUAUUAUCUUAUCAUUGAAAAUACGCCAGAAUCAGGAUUCUUACAAUAGUAGAACAAAAAUAAGUAAUAUAGCUUUCGUUCGCUUGACCAGCUGUUUUGUGCUAUUUAGCAACUCCUCAGCAUGGUCUAGGCUUGAUCUCAGGUAGAAUAACGAUCGAAAGCUGAGCAACUAUCCUCUAUAUAGCAUCCGAACUGAUUAUCUCGCGACUGACAAUGGGAACAGUGAUGGAUUCUAGUAAUAGAUAGCAUUUUGUGCUGUCUUAUCUAAAAAUUGAUAUUUUACAACCCUGUUUCAAAAGAUUUUCAUAUCAACAUCAAAUAACUGGCCUAAAAACAAAGUAAGUACUUGGCCUGAUGAAUUCAACUGAGACUAAUAACCAUAAUGUUUAGAUGCUUGAUAAUACAACGUGGAAGCUCUUUAAAAAGGACUUGUGGCAAAAGUUGUGUCUCUUUCAAAACGUGCGUCCUGCUCUGAUGCUUUGUCUUGAUUGCAAUGUAAAUGUUGGGUUGCCAUUUCUAUAGUUUUCGCUACAAAUAAAAGGUUCUUACAUGUCUUCCUUGCAAGACAUUUUUAAACGCCCCUCUUAAGAUGGUGUUAAUGAAUGUUUGUUAUUACUUCGAAAAUGUACUUAAAUAUUAAUAUUUAUACAUAUUAAAUGUAGAAUUAUGAGGAUUGUAUAGGCAUAAACAUCUACAAUUUACCUGGCAUUUCACUAAUUGCCUUAUGUUAACCAUACUACACCGCACAACGCUGAGGCGAUAACAAAUAAUUAGAACACUUUUAAUAAUUGGAUAAACAUAAUUUGCUGAUUGUUUGUUUAAUUGAAUACUCCCUCGAAC